UUGAAGAGGAAAAAAAAAAUGAAAGAAAGGAAAGAGAGAAUUUAGCAUGAGGUACGGUCGCGAGUAAUGUACAAAGUUACCGCACAUUCGGACCCGUCCUUUCCUAUUUCCGCCGCCCCUCGUCCUUGCUGAAAUCCUUGUUGUACAAUGAUUAGAUUGAGUGGUUAUGUCAGGUACUUGCCUAGGUAGUUCGAGUAAUCCAAGAUUAGGAAAGACCCGAUCCGAUUGAACUUACUAUUGUUUCGAUCUAAUCGACUCCUGUCGCUUAAUUUGGCGCAAGAAAACAUUGAGAAUGCCAAUCCGUAACCCUUUUGCGAGGCGCCUUGGUGUACUCGGCGGGGCUGAGGUCAAGGACGAAAAUGUUCGGCCUGGUGCACCGAAUCUCGAAAGCGCACAAGCUGGCUUUGAGAAGGUAGAUACCAUUGGAUCUAAGGCGUCUUCUUCCCUCAGCAUUCGAAGCACGAGAAGCCGGGAUACUGGAGAUUACAAGAUGAGUGUUGUCAAUGACAGUGGUGUUUACCUUCCACCUUCACCAACGGAAGACAAGACCCUUUGGCCAAGACGCUCGGCCGCGUCUCGAACUUCUAUGGACACCCGUAGCAGUAUUGGCGAUAUCGAACACUUUUCCAUCUCUCGCGAAUCCUUCGACUCCUACCGUCGCUCCUUUGACAUAUCUGCCAGGUCGCCUAUUAUGGUCCAUGACCAACCCCGUCAGAGUCUUGACUCCGCUCGAUUCCCCCGAUCGCCGAGAAUGUCUGUCAGAAACCGUCCCUGGGACCCACCUACUGCUGAAGAGGGAUUUGAAGAUGUUGGAUUAAACGACGAUCAGAAGCAAGGCCAGCAGCCGAAGAAGCGAGGGUUUUUCGCGAAAUUUUCUGAGUCUCAAGAAUCUGGUGCCCAUCCCCAGGGUAUGGGUAUGUCCCGAUUCAUCCCGGGCCGUAAACGAGCACAAAGCGGCCAGGGAUCAGAGCUGGGUAGUAUCGAACGGCCAAAAUCUCGCCAGUCAAUUGAGGAGCAAGAGACGCAGUAAUAGCUCAUACUGGACGAAUUAUUUUGAGACUACGUGCAUAGAUGAUUUUAUGGCGUUUGGACGGUAUCGGAUUGGGGCAUCAUGAUAUAUGAGCGAUCGUUUCGCCCCCUACUCGAGAUUUUCGUAAGGUUUAGUCGUUCGCUGCGGUACAUAACGAGCUGAAAUACGAUUAGGGAGAAAAAGGUAGAUAAUGUUAACAGACUAAGCUAGUAAUUUGAGGGCUUCCCGUGAGGAAAACGGGAAACGAACCACAACGGUACAGGGAGGUAUAUCGCAUAUCUAUUAUAGAGAAUCAGAUACCAAUUGGUAAUGGCCUACACAUAUGAUUCUUUUUUUUUCCCCUAAAGCCAUACGAAUUAUCACUUUGGUGUCUUGUUUGCUUGGGACUUUAUGUUGUUAUAGUUGCAAAACUACCGAGCUUAUCAUUGAUUCUUGAUUGCAUCUUCAAUCGAUGAGAUCGGAUCACAUAAUGCGAUUUAUAUUUGUUAAUUGAAGC